AGCUGCGUCGCAGGCAUCAGUCUCAGGAUUUCCUGCACCAAUAAGAGAUCGAUGCCGGCUUAGCAAGUGCCAGCACAUUGUUACGGCAAUUCCACACCGAUGAGCUCUUCUGCAUCGAUCAUUGUAAGCGGAGGCGUGAUGUUGCGGUUUGAGCGUCCAUCUCAGCAUUGCCAUUGUCGGCAUGUUCUUGGUUUUUGUUUUUGUUUUUAUGCGUUGGGAUUGGGGUCCAGGGAUAACUCGACAUUGACGUUGAUGAUUUAUUCGGGGAGAUGCAAGUGUUGUGGCGAUGUCCACGUUUUGAAUGGUAGAAGGGAAGGGGGGAGUGGCACGAGGGCGAAAAAGGGACCAAGGUCCCAAGCGACAUCCUCAACCGACGUUCCGGAUAUCGUUGUGCGGAUUGCGAAUCCGUUGAAUUUGAGCUCUCCUGGGCCGCAGCUAUGGCGUCUUGCCACCCUCUCUCUGUUUCGCGUCCUCCGCUUCUGCACUGUGGCCGACCGUCGUCUCGUUCCUCGCCUGUCGUCUCCGUCGCUUCCUCCUCUCUCCACACAUACCUGAAUUAUCAGACUUGGUUGCGUGUUGUGGCAUCGGCAUGUCCUCGAAGUGUGCCGCUCUUGUUGUGUAACAAAGUCUCGCAAUGGAAGGCUGUCGCUGGGAAUGAUGCGAGUGGGCUCGGCGAGUCUGUGAGUAGCUGGGGAUGGAGACGGAGGGGUCGAAUGAGGGGUUCGAAAUUGGCGUGCCGCGCUGGCCUGAUUGAGCCUGCGGUGCGCCUGGUGUUGGCGGAUAUGGAUCCCGAAAAUUUGCAGAAUUUGAUCAUUGGAGCCAGCGUGUUAGCUGCUACGUCUGCUUCUCUCUAUUAUGGACUCAAGGGUGAACCUGUAACGUGUGCGAAAUGUGGAGGCAAUGGAGGGACAAAAUGUGUAUUCUGCGUGGACGGGAAAAUGAAGACAGAAGCUGGGCUGACGGAUUGCCGUGUCUGCAAAGGAGCAGGCCUAAUCCUUUGCAAAACAUGCAAAGGAUCGGGGUACUCACGGCGUAUGUGAUGAUAUCCACAAUGUAGAGCCCGCAUUUCACUCGGUUUUCCAGAAUCGAUGAAUAGGCCGAGGUCUUGACGAUUGUACUGUAGUUGCGUUUAUCUUUGUCCAGUAUUCAACCAGAAUUAUUUGAAUGUGCAACAUUCAAUCUCAACUAAGUCCUUGUAGAAUGCUCGAAUCACAACUAAGUCCUUGUAGAAUGCUCGAAUCACAACUAAGUCCUUGUAGUUGCAAAUCACGAGAAGAGGCCCAAGAUGAUAGAACACGAGGUAUACACUGCCAUCCACGCUGCUCGCUUGAUCACUGGGUUUUUGCACAGCCUGGUGCAUUCAGCAGAUCAUUCUUCAGUCCAAUCAAUUAACAGAAGCUGAUGUUUUCAUCUAAUCUCAUUAGUCUUAGCAAACCA